UGAUGAGCUGUUGUUGACGUUCACCUCUCGCAAAAUACUUUAGAACAUUUCUGAAGCGAUGGCAAGUAACCAGGACAUUUUCAUGUGUCCUAUUUGUUUGGAUCUUCUGAAGCAUCCUGUGACUCUCAACUGUGGACACAAUUUCUGUUUGGAUUGUAUUGGGGCUUGUUGGGAUAAGGAAGAAGUGAAGGGCGUUUACAGCUGUCCCCAGUGCAGAGAGACUUUCACUCCGAGACCCGUUUUAAAGAAGAAUCAUGUUUUCUCCGAGCUUGUAGAUCAAAUGAGGAAGAGCAGAAUACAAACUGCAGCUGCUGUUGAAUGUGCUGCUGGACCUGGAGAUGUGGCCUGUGACGUUUGCACCGGGAGAAAACUCAAAGCUGUCAAGUCCUGUCUGGAGUGUUUGGUAUCCUACUGUGACACUCAUUUGAAAGUUCAUGAUGAAGUUAACCCAGGCAGGAGUCACACCAUUGUCGAUGCCACGGGCCAACUACAGGAGAGGAUCUGUCCCCAUCAUAAGAAGGUUUUUGAAAUCUUCUGUCGCACCGACCAGAGUUGCAUUUGCUAUCUAUGUACGGUGGACGAUCAUAAAGGCCACGACACGGUCACGGCUAUGGCAGAGUGGAGUCAUAAAAAGGAUGGUUUGGGGAAGAACCAGACAAGAUGCCAGCAGAUCAUGCAGUUGAAGGAGAAGGAGCUGCAGGAGCUGAGGAAGGCUGUGGAGACUUCCAGUGCACAGACAGCAGUGAAGGAAAAUGAGAGGAUGUUUGCUGAGAUGAUCCGCUCCAUUGAGAGAAGGUGCUCUGAGGUGACAGAGCUGAUCAGAGCUCAGGAGAAGGCUGAGGUGAGUCGAGCUGAAGGACUCCUGAAGCGUUUGGAGCAGGAGAUUGCUGAGCUGAAGAGGACAGAGGCUGAGAUGAAGCAGCUUUCACAGACACAGGAUCCCAUCCAUUUCCUCAAGAACAUUGUGUCCAUCACCGGGAGACCUUACAGCACAAUUUCAACCAGCGUGACCUUCAGCCAAAACUUCUCCUUGGAGCCCCUGAAGAAAUCUGUGUCUGCACUGAAGAUGCAGCUGGAGGAGAAAUUAGAGUCAGUCUUCAAGCAGGAAAUAGUCAAGAUAUCUGCAGCAGCAGUUACAAAUGUCCAGAUCAUCCAGAGCAUACAAUAUCCUGAUCCUGAACUCCCAGUCAGAAGAGCACACAGUAAGGAUCUCCUGCCACCAAGCAUGUCUGAUGACCAGGCUCUUAUCGCUGAACCAGUGACCAGAGAGGACUUCUUACAGUAUUCCUGUCGCUUCACUCUGGAUCCAAACACAGCACACAGAACCCUCCAUCUGUCUGAGGGGAACAGGAGGGUGGCGAGGAGAGAUGAGGCCCCCCAGUCAUAUCCUGAUCAUCCAGACAGAUUUGAAGAGCAGUGCCAGGUGCUGUGUAGAGAGGGUGUGUCGGCACGCUGCUACUGGGAGGUUGAGAGGAGUGGAGCGGUUGGUAUAGCAGUGUCAUAUAAAAGCAUCAGCAGGAAAGGAGAGCGUGUUCAGUGUUUGUUUGGAUAUAAUGAUCAGUCCUGGAGUCUGUACCUCUUCAGCUCAUACUCCAAUUUCUGGCACAAUUAUAAACCCACUAAACUCCCUCUAGUGGCCAGCUCCAGAAUAGGAGUGUAUGUGGAUCACAGGGCAGGAAAUCUGGCCUUCUACAGCAUCUCUGGAGACACAAUGACCCUCCUGCACAGAGUCCACACCACAUUCACACACACUCUCUACCCUGGGUUUAAUAUACAUCCUCGAUCGUCAGUGAGGCUGUUGUGAGGCCCCUACAGGCAAGUGCUGCUACUGUGGGGCCUCUGCUUUCCGCAAAACACACGCACACAAACACAC